AUGGGAUCAUCUUGUAAAUCAAUAAAAAAUGUAAAAGAAUCCAAUGAUUUUGAUAUUCCAGAAUAAGAAGGACCUAUUCGUACAGUUGGUGAUGAGCCAAUUCCAAAGAAACCUUAUUGUUGUCUCUCAAAUGAAUUAACUGAAUAAUCUGAUAAUUUUGGUGAAAUAGAAAUCCCAAAACACACAGGUAUGCCUUAAAAUCAAAUUUUCCAUAAUUCUAUUAUCUACUCAAGAGAAAUUGUUCGUUCAGAGUAAUUCUAAUAAAAUAGAAAGCACCGUCCAAAAAAGAGAUUAAAUAAAGUUAGUCCAAAUACUGAAACACAUUAUGAAAAAUAAAUAUACAAACAAUUAAGGAUGAAUAUUUUAUCACCGGAUGGAAUUAUUAGAAAAAUAUAUUGA